AUGGACGCGCGCCAGCAGCAGCGCGAGGCCGCCAAGAAGAGCGAAAACUCCGAGUCCAAGCAUGAGGACGGCGACUCUGAGGAAGAGGAGGAAGAAGAGCGGCCGAUUGCGACGCUCUCCAGCUGCGUGGACCUGGACGCCAUCGAGGACGACGAGCUCUACUACGUGGGGACGGCGGGCGUGAAGGUCACGCACCUGGACGCAAUCGACAAGCUCGCGGGGCUGCAGCGGCUGCACGUGCGCUCGAACCUGCUGCGCUCCAUGGCGAGCGUGGCGACGCUGACGCGUCUGGAGCAUCUGGAGCUGUACGACAACCAGAUCCAGGCCAUCGAGGGCCUCACGAGCCUCACGGGGCUCAAGGUGCUGGACCUGUCGUUCAACGAGAUCCGCGUGAUUCCCGAUCUGAGCCACCUGACGCAGCUGGAGGAGCUCUACGUGGCUAACAACAAGCUCAAGAAGAUCUCGGGCAUCGAGAGCCUCAAGACGCUCAAGAAGCUGGACCUCGGAGCCAACCGCCUGCGCACCAUUGAAGGGCUGGAGGGGCUGACGGAGCUGGAGCAGCUCUGGUUGGGCAAGAACAAGAUCACGGCCAUCCAGGGACUGGAGAAGCUCGCCAAGUUGAAGAUCAUCAGUGUGCAGAGCAACCGCGUGACGGUUAUCAAGGGGCUGGACAACAAUUUGGCGCUGGAGGAGCUGUAUUUGAGUCAUAACGGCAUUGAGAAGAUCGAGAACGUGGAGCAUUUGACGAACCUGACGACGAUGGAUCUGGCUGGCAACCGCAUCUCGGCUAUUCCGACCGGACUGGCGCCUCUUACGCAGCUGGAAGACUUCUGGCUGAAUGAUAACCACGUCGCACAUUACGCCGAUGUGGAACACUUGGUACCGCUUGCUGGUCUGCGCACGCUCUACUUGGAGCGUAACCCUAUCGCUCAAGACUUUGAGUACCGGAAAAAGCUGGAGGAACUGCUGCCGGAGCUGGACCAAAUUGACGCUACGCCGACGACGAAGGCGAGGCAAGGGCGCAUGUAA